UGCGUUACCAAAUUACCCGUGAGUUCAGUUCAAAAGUUUUGGAACAAAAAUGAGGUUGAUAAAAAUUUGUCUGCUGUUCCUGUCACUUGUCGGAUGCAAUGCGUUGUUCGGUAUAGAGGUUACACCGAACAUACCUGAGGCGGCAACCAUUACGAAUGCCUGUUCGAAACUCGUGUCCGUAUCGCAGCAGAUCAGACAAUCGGUCAACAAUCUGGGAGAACUGUCGUUCAUUACGUUUCUACUGCAAAGUGGUGCUACGUCCUUUGUUAGCUCGGUGGCAGAAACCUAUACAUCCGUCGCAACGAUCGCACAGGAAUUAAACACGGUGACGAAUGCGAAUAGCGGCAAUUUGAACACCAUUUUUACAGCUGCCUUUACCUACAUGAAAGCCUUCACCGCAGUCACGAUCGAUGAACGUUUUGCCAAAUGGUUGAUACUGCAGAAUUCUGCACCUGAUUUUUCCACCUUCAUAACAACGUUCAAUGAAGUGAUUGCCUUUAUCCAAAGUACGCUGCAGCCGGGUAUGCUUACAUUUUCAUCCAACAGAAUUACACAAACUACCUUCUAUGGUGCGAUCCCUAAGCAGAAAGUCAGUACCGUAGCGCAAAAAUUGACUGAAUUGGCCGACUACCAGGAGACUGUUGUGCUGCCGUUCAUCAACAGAGUGGGCAGCACGUUUCGCCUAACCUCGGAUAAGUCAACCAUGUUUCUCUCAAACAUGGACCAGGCGUCCCAAAGCGCGGAAGGUAUAUUGACUUCAAUCUAUGGACGCUUUAUUGAAUUGAGCAAAAAUUCUCGAUCAGCAGCGAAUGAAAUGCAGACAACCAUUCAAUCCUCAGUGCAACAGUUUACCAAGCGAAUGGAGGAGUUCAAUGAUCUUUAUGUUGGUGGUUCAGCCACCGAAUAUGCAAAGUCAGCUACCGACAUGUACAGCUCUUAUCUAACGAAUCUCACCGAGCAAACGAAGGUGAUCGAAAAAAGUCUAGAACGAACGCGGUAUACAUUCACCGACAAUGCUCUGGUAAGCUUCGGCAGCGCGCUAGCAUCGGGCUUCAGAGCAAUAACACAGGCCGUGCUGUCCACCAUACAAUUUGCUACCACCAAAACCAGACUGUCUUGCAGCGAACAGUUGUUCAAUAAUUUUAUCAACAACUUUGGCAAUUUGCUGCGCAACAAUUUUUGCGAAUGUGUUUCCGGUAGUGACUAUGACAUUUCGCCAACGACAAACGCUCAAAUGACGCAGGUUAGAGACAUCCAGAAAGAUGUAGCGCAAUAUUUCAACCAGCUCACUAGCGCCGUUGGCGGGAUCUCGAACUCUAGUCCUGCAAAUGCUCGUAUUCAGCUGGACACGUUUCUAACGGCGUUUUUCAGCCAAAGCAACAAUAUAACGCCCACCAUUUUGCAGCAGCUGGUCAACAUGGCGACCGAUCUAGGCGUCAGUUACAAUCUUCUGGUCGGCCGCUCUCGUUACUGUUUGGCGGUGAAUGUGGCUGUAGCAGAGCGAUUGGCGAUAAACUUUUCCGCAGCAGUAACUGCCUGCAUGGUUUAA